CAAGGUUGGGGCGUGGCUGAGUCCAUGUAGAGCUGCCCUAUGGCCGGUGAGGCUGAUGGGAUGAGGCGCUGCCGUCUCUGCACUUUCGACGCCGUCCGGGGCCCCCGGCGGCUGAUGCGCGUGGGCCUCGCGCUGAUCCUGGUGGGCCACGUGAACCUGCUGCUGGGGGCCGUGCUGCACGGCACUGUCCUGCGGCACGUGGCUAAUCCCCUUGGCGCCGUCACGCCGGAGUACACCGCGGCCAAUGUCAUCUCUGUCGGCUCGGGGCUGCUGAGCGUUUCCGUGGGACUUGUGGCCCUCCUGGCAUCCAGGAACCUUCUUCGCUCUCCACUGCACCGGGCCCUGCUGGCACUAGCUCUGGUGAACCUGCUCUUGUCUGCUGCCUGCUCCCUGGGCCUCCUUCUUGCUGUGUCACUCACUGUGGCCAACGGGGGCCACCGCCUUAUUGCUGACUGCCAUCCAGGACUGCUGGAUCCUCUGGUACCACUGGAUGAGGGGCUGGGACAUACUGACUGCCCCUUUGACCCCACAAGAAUCUAUUCCCCAUCCUUCCUUCUUUUCAGGAUACAGCCUUGGCUCUCUGGAUCCCUUCUUUGCUCAUGUCUGCAGGGGAGGCUGCUCUAUCUGGUUACUGCUGUGUGGCUGCACUCACUCUACUUGGAGUUGGGCCCUGCAGAAAGGAGGGACUUCAGGGGCAGCUAGAGGAAAUGACAGAGCUUGAACCUCCUAAAUAUAAAAAGCAGGAAAAUGAGCAGCUGCUGGAUCAAAAUCAAGAAAUCCGAGCAUCACAGAGAAGCUGGGUUUAGGACAGGUAAUGGGCCUGUGUAAGAUUGGGGGCAGGGAAGUGCUCUUAGAACUGGAUCUAGGUCUUGCCGUGCUGCUUUCCCCUCUGACACAGGUUGGUUGUCCACUCUGUCCAGCAGGUGCUGUUUCAAGACUCAGUCCCUAAGGGAUUUUUCCCCACUAAGCAAGGGGCCCUGACCUCGGGAUGAGAUAAAAAAUUGUAAUAAAAUAACUUUUCUUCUA